AUGGUCACGACACUGCCCUCUCGCGCAAAGCCCAGCCAAGCGGGCCAAGGAAUUUCCCUUCGCCCUAGGAGGCCGACUGAUGUACUCGACGUCGCAGUAUGGGGCAGCGGCGAGAACUGCGAACUCGGUCUCGGUCCCCGCAUCACCGAGGCCCCCAAACCCCGUCUCGCGGACAAGUACCUUCACCCCGACACCGUCGGCGUCGUGCAGAUCUCUGCGGGAGGCAUGCACUGCGUCGCCUUGACCCAUGACGGCAAGGUCCUGACGUGGGGUGUCAACGAUGACGGGGCGUUGGGCCGAAUCAAGUCGCCAGAUACCCCUGAAGAAGCCGCCGAGGACCUUUUGGAUCCGUUCGAAAGCACGCCGAGCCAGGUAAAGUUCAAGGACGAAGUCGAGAUCGUGCAGGUCGCGGCGACCAACAGCGCGUGUUUCGCUCUGACGGCCGAAGGAACAGUAUACGGCUGGGGGAGCUUUGCUGGAGGAGACGGCAACUUUGGCUUCCUCCACGACAAGCCGCCCAAAACUACAGAGCUACUACCUGUGCGCAUCCCUGGCCUCGAAAACAUCAUUGAGCUGGCCGGUGGCGCAAACCACGUCCUCGCUUUGACCAACGACGGCAACGUCUUUGCGUGGGGCUCGGGGGAGCAGAACGAGCUGGGAAGACGCAUCUUGGAGCGUCGCCGCUUCGAAACCCUGAUCCCUCAGCGCAUAGGCAUGCCCAAAAACAAAACGGCCAAGAUCUUUGCGGGAUCGCAUCACAGCUUCGCCAUCGAUACCAACGGCAAGGUCUGGGCUUUCGGGCUGAACAACUUUGGCCAAUGCGGCAUACCGACACGAGAGAUUACCGGCUUCACGACCAUCAUAUCGCCGACCAUCGUCAAGAGCCUGAACGGAUACGACAUCCACCAUAUCGCAUGUGGUCUCCAUCACUCCAUUGCUUGCACAAAGAGUGGGAAAGUAUUGUCGUGGGGUCGAUGUGAUGACGGCCAGAUGGGUAUCAACCUUGACAAGGUGCCCAAAGAGCACAUCAUCUUCGACUCCCGGGGACGUCCUAGAGUCCUGAACGUCCCAACCGAAGUGCCCAUACCUGGUAGGUAUCUUGCAAGUCCGGCUCAAAACCUCCAACAUACUGAACAGAGUCCAGGCACUGGAGCCAUCUUCGUUGCGGCCGGAAUCGACAACUGCUUCGUGGUUGCGGCGCAGCUGUACGCUUGGGGAUUUUCUGCCAGUUAUAAUACCGGUCUGAAGACCACCGAGACAGUCGAGUCCCCGACCGCGGUGCCUUGCUCUUAUGUAAACCUGGCGUCCGUUUACGCUGGAGGCCAGUUUGGCAUCGCAUCUGGGCCCACUCCCUCCCUUCACACGAUGAGGAAAUUAAGGUCAGACGCCUUGAGCUUCUGGACCCAGGUCCGCUCCGUCAGCGUGUGCGGGUCCACGGACUUCUCGAGGCUCCAGAUGGUCUGCAGUGUGUCCAUGGCGGUCAUGAUGAAGCCCCAGGGAGUCGCAAUCAUGAGUCUUUUGAGGCGAUCGAGGAUCCAUUUCCGUCUUUCGGGGUCGGAAGUCCCCGCACCGGCAAUGAACGUCGGCCAACAGGUGGCCUUGAAGUUGGGGUCCUCAUCGUGGAUACAGGAGAGGUGGUAG